GGUGCGCAGUGGUGUGUCUGAGUCGGACCGCGGCCGGCCCACAGAGGCGGAGUCCUGAGACUGGUCGGCGCUCGGUCCGGGCGCCGGGCCGAGCGCCGAUUAAUGCGCACGCCGCAGCGCGAGCCGGGCCGAGGGCCAUCUGUCUUCCACACCCACGCGGCGCUGGACAGGGCGCCGUUCCAGCGCUGGCCAGACUGCAAACUGGCAACAACAGCUAUCGGCAUUGGUUCAACAACUGCUUCGCAUCCAGUCAUCUUAUGUGAAGGGCAUUGCCGCCUUUGAGAACGGCUGUCAGCAUCUGCGUCAUCACUCGAGCUGGGAUAAGCUCUGAAUCGACCUACAACUGGGAAGGCAUGGAGGCCCCCACAGUGAUCUGCUGUGGGCCGAUCCCGUGACGAAGACAGCUCCACUUGACUGUACUAACAGCAUCACUGUACUGUGCUGACAGAACCACAGUACUGACAGCACCACUGUACUGUCUACAGUGCGCAGCGACGGUAUCAAAGUGACAUAGACAGGAUUUGCAGUGAGCAGCAGCAUCCUGGCUGUGGCGACCAUGGAGGUGGCCGGCGUGUAUCUCUCACCGUUCGCGGUUUCAUGCUUAAAAGGAACCAUCCUUGCGACCGCGGUCAUUGUCGCAUUCCACUUGAAGUUCGGCAAGAACCCGGUGCUGGCGAAAAUGCCACACAAAAUGCACCCUCUCAUCGGCAAUCUCCUUGACAUGCCGACAUCGCUGACGACCAUCAUCCCAACCAUGCGGCUUUGGUGCGAAGCGUUUCCAGGCAUCUGCUACGGGUACGUUCUUUGCUUCCACUACGUGAUCAUCUCGUCGGCCGAAUACGUGGAGCCCGUAAUGACCAGCAAGAAGUUCCUUAAUAAAGGGCUCGAUUACGAUUCGCUUCGGCCGUGGUUCGGUGAAGGACUGCUCACAAGCACAGGCGAGCAUUGGUACAAACACCGUAAGCUGCUGACACCCACCUUCCACUUCUCCAUCCUGGACCAGUUCCUGCCCAUCUUCAACCACCACAGCCAGGCGCUCGUGCGUGCGCUGCAGGAGCGCACGCGCGGCGUGGGUCACGUCGACGUGUGGCCGCUGGUCGCCAACGCCACGCUGGACGCCAUCUGCCAGACGGCGAUGGGCGUCGAGAUCGGCGCGCAGGACGGCGUCGAGUCCGCCUACCGCAACGCUGUCAAGGAGAUGGGCAACAUCGUGCAAGAGCUCUCCAUCCGGCCGUGGCUGCGUAACCAGACGCUCUUCAAGCUGUUCGGAAUGAAGGGGCACCAGGAUCGCACCCUGGCCGUCCUCCACAACUUUUCGCGCACCGUGAUUGAAAAGCGGCGUCGCGAGCUGCACGAGGAGGGCCGCCUGCUGGACGGUAGCUUCACCAUCGAGGACAUGCCGCUGACGAAGCGGCGCCUCGCCUUCCUCGACCUACUCAUCAUGAUGUCCGAGAACGGCGAGGUGUUCAGUGACGAGGACAUCCGGGAGGAGGUCGACACGUUCAUGUUUGAGGGCCACGACACUACCACGUCGUGCAUCAACUGGGCACUGUAUAACAUCGCGCGCUCGCCAGACGUACAGCGGCGCAUUGAGCGCGAGCUGGACGACGUCUUCGGCGGCGACGACCGCGCGCCGACCCGCGAAGAUAUAGGUAGCCUGAAGUACCUCGAAUGCGCCAUCAAGGAGUCGAUGCGGCUUUUCCCACCAGUAACUUUAUUCAGUCGUCGGGUGUACGAGACGGCACAGAUCCGCGAGUACGAAGUCCCCAGCGGUAUUGACAUCCUCAUCUUCCCGUACAUGAUCCACCGAGACCCAAACCACUGGCCCGACCCAGAUAAGUUCGACCCGGACCGCUUCAGCCCGGAGGCUACCAAAGGCCGACACCCGUACAGCUAUGUGCCGUUUUCGGCGGGUCUCCGCAACUGCAUCGGCCAGCGAUUCGCGCUGCUCGAGGUGAAGGUGAUGGUGGCAGCCAUUCUGCGGAGGUUCUGGGUCGAGACGGACGAGAAGUACGAGGACCUCGUCGUUCAGAUGAGUCUCACUAUCCAGAAGCACGGACCACUGGAUCUGCGGUUCACCCCACGAACUCGGACAUCGGAGCUAAUGCGGUCUGGCUGAGUCAUCACCUGGGUGGGA